CACCGCGCACCUCUACCGCAGAAGCCGCCACUUUCUACCGCCAAACCCAAACGCAACCACCGGCCGCAAGACUUACCCUUAUUCUCGUGCUCCGGUUAACUUGGACCCGUGACAACUUCUCAACUCCGGUCACACCGCCGAGGAAUUUUGACAUUCGCUGAGCAGCCUGGGUGCGUGUAGAUUACCUCGAGAGUUUGUGAUUUUUUUGAUUUUUUUUUCUUUUUUUUCAUCAAUUUCGGUCCCAAAUUUUUCACCGCACUUUUACCGAUUUUUCAUUUUUCCAAACAUCGAACCUCCUCGAUCACCGGACGACUGGCUCAAACUGUGACAGAGAAUAUAGUUGUGGUGAUCAGUUUUUUUGCGAGAACACAACACGCUCGAUUUGUGGUGCUGCGGCGCGAUUUGAGAUAGUGUGGAUAUCGGAAGUUGACUUUUCACUGUGAACAGAACUCGACGAGACUCGUUGCCUCGAAGAGUGCUUUGUGACGUAUCGAUGCGUAGUUCUGUGACGUAGUCUUAGUUAUUAGUUGAGGAAACUGAAAAGUUUCUCCGUCGAAUGGGAAGAACGGAUCUGGUCGAAGCGGAAGCAGCUCGAGUAUAAUAAACGAGAGUGCAGAGAGACAAGUGAAGAAGGGGGAAAUUCAGCGAAGUAAAAAUCGUAAAAAGGGAGAUCGGGAAACCUCCUCGAUUCCAAUAAAACGAAUUUUCUCCGCGACUUGGCAGUCAAGUUUUGAAGAAUUUGCAAACGGCCGCUCAACUCUGUCUAAGGAUAAUGAAAUAAGGAUCAAAGGCUGCCGGAGGAGGAGCAACAGCAUCGGUGGCGGCCCCCCGAUUCCGCCGUUUCGUUGUACGUACUCUCCGACCCGGGAACAAAUCUAAUUCCCGAGGGAAGCGAUUGAUAUAUUGGUGUUCCGGGACCGAUUGAAGGAAUCGGCAUUUCUCAGGCGCGAAUAAUCGCCGCCUGGAUCCUCGGAGCGAUUCAACUGGUUCCGGAAUCUUUUUAUUACUCUGGUAAGAUCGCGUAGUCGGGAUUCGUCAAAGCUGCACCGUCGCGUCGUCGGGGAAACGGAAUUGAGAAGAACCGUUGAGCCGUAGGUUCGAUCCGGGACCGCCGUUCGGACAUGAAUUAAUUUCCGCAUCGGGUAAUGCACCGCGGUCCGGUCUCAUGACGAAUCCUUCGCGUGCGGCCGUCCGUUCGGAGGAUCGCCCUCUUCGCUUGGAAUACAGAGACUCCACAGUGGCUUGCGCGAGCAACAGGGGUCGUCGGCUUCGGGGCUACUCCAGGAAAAGGAUGCACCUGGCGAACGACGUCCCUGCCCAGGGGAACCAGGGCGCGAAUCACCUCCCGGACUAUCCGCCGAGCGCGGAUCUCCUCGUCGAGCGGACCCUCGACGGACUGCUCGCCGAGCAUCCCGGGGAGUUGAUAAGGACCGGAUGUCCCCACGUCGUCUGCACGGUUCUUCCUGGGCACUGGAGGUCCAACAAGACGCUGCCGGUCGCUUUCAAGGUCGUCGCCCUGGGCGAGGUCAACGACGGUACCCUGGUCACCGUCCGGGCCGGAAACGACGAGAACUGCUGCGCCGAGCUGAGGAACUCUACCGCCCUGAUGAAGAACCAGGUGGCCAAGUUUAACGACCUAAGGUUCGUCGGGAGGAGCGGAAGAGGAAAGAGUUUUACUCUGACGAUAAUGCUGCAGACGUCGCCGCCGCAGGUGGCAACCUUGUCGAAGGCCAUAAAGGUCACAGUCGACGGUCCCAGGGAGCCCAGGUCGAAAACAAGACAUCAAGCUUUUCAUCCUUAUCACUUUGGGCCGCGUACCUUCACUUUCGCACAUCCUCAGGAUCAUCUGGGAUUCAAAUUAACCGGACUGCCACACCUGGGCCUGGAGGGAGUCGGAGCCGGGGGCGGAUGGGGAGGUUUGCCCCGCGGCGGUCUCCCCCCGCACUGUCUUCCGCCGCCGCCGCCGGGCCACCACUCGCAUUCCCACCCCCCGCCAGGAGGUGCCUCAGCAUUCAACCCGUUCCAGCACGCUAUUGAGCAGCGCUCGCCAAGAGUGCCCGCUACCACCGAAUCUUCGCGUGGAGAUCUUGGUCCCAUAACCGUUUCUGUGAGGGAUGUUAGCCCCACAGCAUCCCCUGGAAACGGGCCAGGACUGCUAACCACCGCUGCUGUCGCCGCUCCAACCCCGCCAGCUGAGCCAACAAAUGCUACGUCAAGCCCGUCGACCCACCACCCGCCUCAUCAUCAUUUCCAAGGCCUUCAUCCGGCGCUUCUUGGUCCACACAACCCGCUCUUUAGCUCGAUAUUCGCACCUCUGGUCCCGCAUCAGUCGCAUUGGCUGUUUAACCAGUUGUAUCAGUCGCAGCCGGAGUGGCACGCGCUGGCUUUGCACAUGGCGCAUCAGCGCCUUCAGAUGCCGGACAUCCGGCCUGGCCAGCUGCGGAAACGCCGUGGAUCCAGCGGCAGCCCCGACGGAAGUUCGAAGGACGAUCCUCAGCGGGAGGAGGAGGAGGUUCUGGAGGACAGGGACGGGGACGUCGAGGAGAGGGAGAGGUCUCGGGACACCGACAGUCCCGAGGGUAGCAUCGAGGUGGACGACGAGUCCGACCGCAGGCUAGAAGGGGCGAGCAGGAUCCCCAUCGGACGGAAGCGGGACCGCACGAGAAGCGAGGACUCCUCGGAAGAGUUGACCAUCUGCAUCCAGACGAACGUCAACAAUUUCAAGGAGGAUUUGAGCGUCGCCAGCGACCUGGACAACAGGACAGAUCUGACGAUAAAAAUACGACUCGAGGAAACCGUCGACUUGAGCACCAAGAGCAAUCACGACAAGGAGAACAGGGAGGAGGACUUGAGCAAGGGUCAGGAUCUGACCACACGGAGAAAGGAGGAGGACGUGGCCACUAGGGAGCCAAAGAGACCCAGGCGGGAGAACACGCCACCCAGGCAAGUCUGGAGGCCCUACUAGGCCAUGACUGACGAAACGGAAACGGAAUCUUAGCGUAAGAAGUUAAGAACCGUCGGUGGACACCGUUCGCGACGAAAACCACGGGUUUUCAAAAUCAGCCAUCCGAGGUUAGACCUCGACGUAGGCUCGUGGCGCGCAGUGAUGUUUACACCUCAGUGGGCAGUUGAGUUUCCCCGCAACUAGUCGGCGACUGAGGUGACCCGGGGUGGCCGUCGUGGUCGACGUGGUCGAAGCGGCCGAGACGCAGGGGCUGAGGGCGGAUCAGCCUCGAGUGCCGUUGGGAUCCAGGAGAACGUUUUCGCGACAACGAAGAUGCCAAGCGAUGCUCCCGGUGUGUUUCCGAUUCUCGGUCGCUUCGAUGCGUCCGCAAGUCAGCAAGUCUUUGUGGAACAGUCAGAAGAUCGAGAUGGUUACUCGUUGAUGGUUCGUUGUUUUUAUUUUUUUGUUUUCUUGAUGCUUGGAGACCGUGGUGGAAAUAUUAUCAUGAAGGAAUUCUUAAUGAUUCAUGGACUAACCAGGGUUAACGUCUGUUCAACUUGUAUAUAUAAUAAUGACGUCCUAAAUUGAGUAUAAGAAAAUUAUAAGCAACAUUGUCGUUCUCGUUGAACGAGUCCUGGCGGUCCUGCUCUCGUGAUUAUCACUGUUUCAAUGAGAAUUCGUGCGGUGAUUCAUGAGGAGACUUUACGUCAGUGGUAAAUUUUUGACGAUGGCAUAUGUAUCCGUAAUGUGAUCGUGUGUACUGGAUCGUUGGGAGAUUACAAUAUCUCUGGUGAUGGUGAAAAUUCAAAUUCCUUCCAAAUCUUGUUUUCUAGUUGUUAUUUGUUGACGAUUAAAGCUCUAACAUUAUGAAAGAAUCUUCGACUUGAAUUGGAUUUGACAAGGUUGCGGAUUAUUAAACAUGCCGUUGCUACGAGCUCUCUUUAACUGCUGUGACUCGAAAAUCAAGGUAUAAUGUUUACUUGAAAUCAUGUUGAUAGGAAAUAGACAUGUAACCAGUUUAGAAUGAACCCGAAUAAUCACUCAGGCAAUAACGUUCAUCAUACGAACAAUUGAAUACAACAAAAUUCGAAUUGGACAUCGAGCCCGUUCAAAAUGUAUGAUUGUUUCUUGUGGUUUCAUUCUGACGACGUUUCCAAAAUAAAAUUCGUCCAUGAUAAGCGAUAUUUCAUUAAAUCGUUUCAUGUCUAUCGAAAAGUACAACUUGUCUAACGAACAAAUAACAGCUAGAAAGUCAAGAUUACAGUUCGCAUUUGAAAAUCAUCUAACAAAUAAAAUGCAUCGUCGAAGGUACUGAAUCUCCGUUACUCGCAGAUAUGUCUGGGCAAGUCGUUGCGACGGGUAAUUCAUUAUAAAACAUAGGUAAAUAAUGUUGUAACUUUCGCCAACUUGUGUCACGGUCGCGGUUGCCGAGAGACGACGGAUUACAGAAGAAAGAAAGGAAGACAUUGGUCGGCGUGCAAUUGGUUGAUAAUUAACCUGCCCACUUAAUUGUCUGUAUCGAUUUUCAUUAGUGACGAUGAAUCUAGUGCAAUACCAUCUAAUUUGUUCACGUUAAUUGAAAAAUUUCACGACCCUGUAAAUCAGCCAGACAUACCAUAUAGCAAAGUCUUAAACCAUGGACGUAAUCAUCGUUCACUCAUACGUGCGUCGGUUGCAGACGAAGAUAAUACGACUCAGAUGGUUCUCGAUUUAUGACAGGAUCCAGUCACCCGAUUUCAAAUUCCUGUCUCACAGAUCAUGAAAUCAUUUUCUGCCUAUUGACUGUCCCGUCAAUCGAUCGACAGUGUCUGCAUGUUUGGUUUAUUGAGACAGCAGCCCCCAUGGAAAAAGGAUGCCAAAAACGCGAAGCAUCAGAGCAACGAAUUAGGAAAACGCGAAACUUUCACUUCAGUUACUAACUGCGGAAAGUGCGAUGGAUGCGUAGCUCAAAGCUGUAAUCGAUGACAGACCCAUAAAGACGACAAUCCGGGCGAAUAAAUUGCUGCAGGGCUGCAACAAAGGGCUUUUUUGAGGAUCACGCGUCACUGAUUAACAUCGAAGGUUUUAUUGAAGAUAUCUCGAAUGAGGUUUAAUUUUAAUCCCGCUAUUUAAUAUCGAUGUAAAUAUCUUAGCCUUAUCCCUUACACCUGCUAAAAUUCGAAAAUGAAUAUAUGAUACGACGUAUGUAAUGUAUAGCUUAGGUAUGUAAAAUGUAAGAGAAUGUAAUUAAGAGAAAAAUAUCUCGGGACAGAUCUUGAGAUCGGACAAUUUGCCAAUAUAUUAUUUUUAACCGUUCGUUUAGCCAAUGAUCCGAGUGGAUGGCGUGUCGAAUUCGUUCCAACAAACGUCCAAGCAGUUUUAAUUUCGACAUUUUCGUUGGAAUAUUCAAAGAUCGUCUCGUCAGGCGAUUCGACUUCACACGAAAAAGAACCGCAUCUUUGAUUUAAUAUCGAAAUUCAGUAAGUAUUUCGCUAUUUGUCCUCAUAUCUGUUACUUCUUCCCUUCCCGCCUUCCCUUCGUCCCCUCACCUCA